AUGGCUGAAUCGAAAAACACUCAUUGCAUUGUUGAAAUACCUGUUGACCAAGAACAUCGUGAAGCCAACAACAAGGCUCUGUUGUGUUCCAACAUGUUCGAGGCGAUUGAUGAUCACCCAUUAACUGAAAUUUCGGAAUCUCCUGGUCACCUCUUACUCUUAAAGCUAUGGCAAAGAGAAGAAAAUAUCUUCGCCAAAAGCAUUUCGAGGAAAGAAACCAGAAUGGAUUCAAUAAAAUCUGAACUUUUUCAACUCUCUUCGUUUUUCUUCAUCUUCCAUGGUUUUUUCUUAACACUCUUGUUUACUUCAUGGGCUAAAUCCCAAGAGGGUGGUUGUAGUUGUAGGAUUUGGUGGAUACCUUCCAUGAUUUCGCUUUGUACUUCGCUUGUGUUUGUGUUUUUGGUUCAAGUGAAAUUGUUUAGGUAUUGGAAAGUGUGGGAGCGGUUACAGAGGGAGAGAAAUGAUAGUAGAGGGGUUGGGAGGUGUAUUCAGGAGUUGAGGAUGAAAGGUUUGGCUUUUCCUGCUUCCAAGUUUUUUCUAUGUGGCUUGUGA